AUGACUGGACCAGAAUCUUUGACUUACGGUCAGGUGGCGGACAUCUUCAGUGAAGUCCUCGGCAAACAAGUCGAGCAUGUCUCGCUAUCUGAAGAUGAGCUGCGGAAGAAGCUACUGGCCGAAAACUUCACAGAGGACAUGGCCGAGUACAUGGCCAAGCUUGAUGUUAGAGUAGCAGGCGGGUUGGGCUGGGAGCCAACGGACACUGUGAAGAAAGUCACUGGCAGAGAGCCUCGCACGUUCAAGGCCUUCGUCGAGGAGAAUAAGCAGAUCUGGCUGUAG